UCCCAUAUAAACUUCGUUCCCGGCGAUUUUACAACUAUAACGAACCCAAUCCCACAAGGAGAAGAAAAAAUUUAUAUAAAUUUAUUUAUAAAAAGGGGAAAACACGAAACCCUUUUUCUCUAAUCUUUCAUAGAGAGAGAGAGAGAGAGAGCUGAUAGAGAGAGAGAGACUUUGUGGUGGCGUUGAUGGCGAUGGGGCCGGAAAGAUCAAGGCCGCUGCAUAAUUUCACGCUUCCCUGUGAAUUGAAGUGGGGGAACCAGAAGUUCUUGAGAUGCGUUAAGCUGGAUUCCAACGGGGAAAUCGCCGCGGUUCACCGGAGGUCUAAUGGCUCGUCGGAGCCGCCGUCCACGGCGGCGAGGAGGAGGCUUGCGACGGCGGGGGCCGGGGUUCACCGCUCCGGAUCAAACGGAGAAAUGGGUGCGGGAAAAAAGGCCUCGCCGGAGAAAUUCGACGACGGGAUCGCCUCCGUGAGGGAGAAGUUGAUGUUCGAUCUCCAAACGGCGGCGGAUAAGAUGAAAGACGCAAUUCUCCGGGAGGGUUUGAAGGAGGAGGAAGAGCACGGUGAAGAACCGGCGGCGGCGGCGGCGAUGGAAGAUGACAACCCACACUCCCCGCCACCGCCCACCACUGUCCCGCCACCGGAAUCCGCCGCCGCCGACCCGAAUAAGCCGUGGAGCUUGAGGACUCGCCGCUCCGCCGUUAAACCACCGAACGGUUUCGCCGCCGCAGACGGCGGCGGCGGCGGAUCGAGACCCGAGAACAAUUCCCCAUUACCAAUACACCGAAGUGGCGUCGCCGCCGCCGCUCCGCCGUCCGUUCCGAGCGGCGAGAAGCGCGAGAGAGCGAAGUUCGCCGUCCCGCUCGCCCGGCGUGAGAUCGAGGAGGAUUUCAUGGCCAUAGUAGGGCACAGACCCGCCCGCCGCCCCAAGAAAAGAGCUAAAUUGGUUCAGAAAAACUUAGAUACCCUUUUUCCGGGCUUGUGGUUGACGGAGAUUACAGCUGACUUAUACAAAGUUCCAGAUGAUCAGUAGAAUAUAUAUAUGAACAGAUGGGAGGUUGAUUUGCUGACAAGCAAUGGUAAAGUGUAACCAACCAACAACUAAUAUAGUGAGAUACUGCAAAACUCUUUUUUGUGAGACUGGGAAUUUGAUCAAAGUGUCGAGUUUCCUCCGGUUACAACAAAGCUUUACUUGCUUUGGAAACGCUAAUUUCCAUUCCUAUAUUUCUUCAUAUUCUUUGCUUUUCUUUUUUUCUGUGAUAGCGGGAAUAAGUUAAUGUAGUGCAGAAAAAGUUUGAUGAAUAUUCUUAAAAUCUUUAUGACAAUUGUUCAUAGUUUGUGCUGAAUUUCCAUUCCUCCAA